AUGACUGAAGCAACCGAAACCACCAGAUUACACAUCACACCUUUCACCCCAGACAUUCUUCCAUCUGUGCUACCAGCAUCAAUUCGCAACUUGGCUACGGAAGUCUCCUUCCACGAGAUCACUACCUUCCCAGAGAACAACUACGGAUACGUCACUUUGCCGAAAAUGGAAGCCGAAAAGAUCAAGAAGAAGCUCAACGGGGCGAUGCUCAAGGGAAAGAAAUUCAAGGUCGAAUCCGCUCGCCCGCAGAAGAGACAUCGAGAAUUAGAAGACCCAGUGCCCGAAGCCGACAGCACUAAGAAGAAGUCCAAGAAGUCCAAGAAGCAAGAGCCUGAGGAUGGUGUGGUGGAGGGUUUCGAAUUGCCCGAGGGCCGCAAAGUGAAGAGAGGCUGGACCGAAUCGAACGAUGCCAAGCAGGAAAGACGCAAAUCGGAAAAGAAGGGCAAGAAAGAGAAGGAAGCCAAAUUACAGCCCAAGUCCAAGUACACGGACAAAUCCGAAUGUCUGUUCCGAGUAACGAUUCCCCCCAACCGAGCAGCCGAUGCAGCAGCCGAUGAUAAGAAGGCCAAGAAGAAGAAGUCAAAGGAUAACGUGGUUCACGAGUUUACCAAGCUCACGACUCAGCCAAGCUUCCUGCGCACCGCUCAAGAGAGCGUCCCGCCUACAGUUACAUUCGAAGAAGGGAAGGGCUGGGUGGAUGCCGAUGGGAACCUGAAAGAGGCAGCAAACGACAAGAUCAAAAAAGAUAAUAAGCACCCUGGUCAAGUCGCAGGUGCCAAGGAAAAGCACCGAGCCACAAAGUCCUCCGACAAGAAGAAGCGAUCGCGCAAGCAGAAGACCCCAGAAGAAUCCUCCGAGUCCGAAGAUUACACCUCCUCAAGUGGGUCAUCUUCUGGCGAAAGCAGCGACUCCGAAAGUGAGGACGAUGAGCAAGCCGAAAAUGCAUCAAUGUCUUCGGAUUCCGAAGAGGAGAAGGAGGAGAAGGCAGAGGUGGUGAAACAGCCAGCACCUCAAAAGGAGGCAGAAGAAACACCAGAAGCCAGCGAAUCCGAAGUUGAAGCUGAAACAACCCCAUCAGACUCCAAAGAGGCGACUCCAGAGCCUACACAGGCGGAGGAUGUACCUUCCAAGGAAGUCCACCCACUGGAAGCUCUUUUCAAGCGUGCUGCGCCCGCGGUAUCGGAUGACCAGCCAAAGGCAGAGCCCGAAGCAGGCUUCAGCUUCUUUGGCAAUGACAUCGAAUCCGAGGAUGAGCAGCCUGAACCACAACCACCAUUCACACCAUUCACCAAGAAUGACCUGCAAAAUCGUGGCCAACGUAGUGCAGCGCCUACUCCUGAUACCGCUGCAGCCACCCGCCACACCAAGUGGAAUGAGAGUGAGGAAUCGGACGAUGCUUCAAUCGACAGUCCGGUGAAAGCACGCACCGGAGACGACAAUGGCGAAACAGAAUUCGCCAAGUGGUUCUGGGAGAACCGGGGUGAUAACAAUCGUGCCUGGAAGAAGCGAAGACGCGAUGCGGCCAAGGAGCAGAGGCAGAGAGAUAACCGGAAGAAGGGACUGAAGGGAAGGUCAUGA